UCAAUUCCGGAGUUUUCUUCUCUCUUCGCUUCUCAAACUUCUGCUGUUCCGCCUCAAAAAGAAAAGAAGGCCCUGGCAUCAUCGCGGGAAAGGCCGGUGGAAAAGGUGGGAUUGUCCUGUCAUCAUUCUUCUCCAACUCCACCAACGUGUUGGUCAUUGCUAUUGAAGAAUAUAAGCUGCCAUCCCAAGCUUUGAGAAAGCCUCCAUCCAAACAGUUAUCAUCAUUGCAGCGUUUAGUGAUUGCCUCCGCUGGAUCGAAGACUUGGAGGACGAAAGGAAGUUGUCGCUUUUCUUCUACCCUUCUUUUAAAAUUUGGAGUUCGGCUCUCGCCCCUGCUUGUUUCCUCCAUCUGCAGUAGCAAACAUUCGAAAGCAACAAUGCCGCCUCGAGAAGCAGAGAAUGCAGAGGCUGAAAUGUCUGCAAAUGAGAUGAGCUCCUUGCUUGCUUCUAGUAGUAGCAACAACAUGCAAGUGUAUCACGACCAGCAGGUCACUCUGGCUCAAGCACGACGACUGCUCUAUACGUCGCAUUUGUUUGCGCAAUUCUCCGAAGUGGCCUGGCAAUUUUGUCUGAUUCUGUUCUUGGCAGCCUUUACCAAUUACAAUUCUCUCAUGCUGGUAUCUACCUAUGGAUUGAUCUCCCAGGGAUCCGUGGGACUUUUUGGAGCCAAGGCGGGACGCUUUGUGGAUGACAUUGCACACAGUCGCCUCUUUGUGGCACAACGGUUCAUUCUGACGGAAAACCUAUGCGUUGUCUUGGCCAGUAUCUGCUGUUAUCUAUUGUUGGCAAGUACGGCUCUCGACAACAACGGUAUGCAACGCUCCAUUGAAGAUCCUUCUGAUCAAGUCGCUAGAAUUAGCAAUACCUGGUUGGCACAUAGAUUGAAUGGCAUUCCAUUGGACUCCACGUCGGUGUUGUUAUUGGUAGGCAUUCAUAUCUUGGGGUCCAUUGCCAAUCUUCUAAACAGUGGAUUCUUGGUGGCCAUGGAACGAGACUGGAUCGUUGUCAUGAGUCAAUAUGCCAGCAAAACAUUCCAUAUCAACCACAACAACAAUUACAAUGAUGCACCCAUGGACACUGUCAGUAGGGAAUGGUUGUCAAAGACAAAUGUGACAAUGAAGCAGAUUGACCUGAGCUGCAAGGUGGUUGCUCCUGCUGUAGCGGGGUUUCUGAUUGCUGCCUUUGACAAUCAAGAUGGUGGCAGCAAUCACAGCGACUUGAGAGGGGCGGCAGUUCUGGUGGGGGGCAUCAACAUGACUGCACUGAUCGUGGAGUACAUUUGCACAGCACGAAUUUACAAAAUGCUUCCAGCACUUGCCAUUAGGAAGGACACCAAAUGCCAGCAACCAACAACAAGUGAAAACCAGGAUGAGGAACAGGCAGCAGCAACAACGAAAAUAGAGCCACCAAAAGAUUCCAAGUGGAGAUUUCUUCCUACCAGUGUUCAAAUAUACCUCGAUCAGCCUGUUUCCAUGGGUGGAGUCAGUCUAGCACUCUUGUACCUGAAUGUGCUCUCAUUUGGAGGAAUCAUGACUGCCUACCUUGUUUGGAGAGGCAUGAGAUUAGACACAAUUGGACUUUGGAGAGGGGUGUCGUCUGCUGUGGGACUUAUGGGGACAUUUGCCUACCACUUCUCCGUAAAGCGUACCACCUUGGUCAAGACAGGCAUGUGGAGUAUUGCCUACCAAUUCACUUGUCUGACCAUGAGUUACGUCUCUCUUUUCAUUGAGAACUACACUUUAUCUCUGACAAUGCUAAUUCUGGGAGUCUGUACCAGUCGAAUUGGACUUUGGGUAUUUGAUAUUUCCAUUACACAACUGUGGCAGGAGUAUACCCCGGAUGGUAUUCGAGGUGUUGUGGGAGGAGUCCAGCAGUCUUUCAAUGCCUUCUUCACACUCGUAUCCUUUGGGCUGGGCAUUGUGUUCCCUGAUCCCAAAGAUUUCUACAUCUACGUAGCGGUUGGGUACGUUAGUGUUGGUGUGGCGUUGCUUCUCUAUACAACCCGAAUUUACGCCAAAAAGGACUCUUUCACGUCCACGAAUAUAUGAGCUCAUCAUCAUCAAGAACCUUGACAAGUCCAAGGAAAAGGAAAAUUUUUGCACAGCUAGAUAUUUUGAUACAAUACAUAUACCAGUUUCUAUUCUU